GCCCUGAGGGGAUUAAAACUUUGUGAGCGGGUCUCAGAGAGCUUUGUGACAGACAGAGACACCAGCAGGGACUCCGAUCUAAAGAUGGAUGUUUGUGGAGCUGGUGAGAAGAUGGCCAUGCAGUGGAGCCGUGUGAACAGUGCAGAGAAGAAGGUGCCACACACUCGUCUGAAGGAUGACGCUGACAUUCAGCAGAUCUACUCCUUUGGGAGGAAACUGGGUCAAGGAAGCUUCGGGGUCGUCUGUGAAGCCACUCACAUGGACACGCAGAAGAAGUGGGCGAUUAAGAAGGUGAACAAAGAGAAGGCUGGGAGUUCAGGUGUGAAGCUGUUGGAGCGAGAGGUGAACAUCCUGAAGCAGGUGAACCACAAACACAUCAUCCACCUGGAGGAGGUGUUCGAGACGCAUGAGAGAAUGUACCUGGUUGUAGAUCUUUGUGAAGGUGGAGAGCUGAAGAAACUCUUACAGAAAAACAAGCGUUUCAGUGAGGAUGAGACCAGACACAUCAUCAGGAGUUUAGCUGAGGCCACGGUGUAUCUUCACAAACUGGACAUUGUUCACAGAGAUCUCAAGCUAGAAAACAUUCUUGUGGACAGUUCUCACCAGAACACUGAUAACGCUGUAAUAAACAUCAAGAUCACAGAUUUCGGACUGUCUGUACAGAAGGGUGGAGUGGGAAGUGGGAACAUGCUGCAAACCACAUGUGGGACACCCAAAUACAUGGCACCUGAAGUGAUCAAUGGCCACGAUUACAGCCAGCAGUGUGACAUGUGGAGCAUUGGAGUCAUCAUGUACAUGCUGUUAAGUGGAGAACCUCCAUUCCAGUCCAGCUCUGAGGAACAUCUGUUUGAAACAAUUAAGAAAGGAGAGCUGAACUUCUCGUCUCCUGUGUGGGACACCAUCAGUGACGCAGCCAAAACGGUGCUGAACUGUUUGUUGAAAGUCGAUCCUGCACAUCGCAUCACAGCCAGUGAGCUGCUACAUAACCCCUGGGUCAUGGGAGACACAUCCGCCAGUGCUUCUCCCACCAACGUGUUGGUGAUGAUGCGACAGUUCCGGAACGCUCCUGAGGAUGGCGAGAGCGAGGAGGUGAGUGAGGGGAUGGGAAGCCUUUCGCUCAGCUGCUCCCAGGAAAGCGUGGUCGAGUCUGUGGCUGCCUCAGAAUCUCUGUCUGCUCCACCGUCUGCUCCAACGUCAUCUGCUCCAGCACAGACAUUCAGCCUCAUCAAAGACCUGAAGAGCAACAAAAAACCCUCCACAUCCACGAAACAGAAAAAGAAGAAAUCCUGCACUUCCUCAUGUGACGGUGUGAGGAAGAGCGACUCUGCUGUGAAGACGAGCAGCGCUCCCGGUGUGUGCAUGGUGCAGUCCUUUAAACAGAUGAACACAAAGCACCACAACCAACCGGACAAGCAAGAGAGCAGAAAUAAGACCUACGCGCCCAAACCACUCACACUAAAUGAUAGCCCCGCCCACUCCUCAACAGGCCACUCCCCAAACUCCAGGUCCAAGAAGAUCAGGUAGGUGCACACACACCUCAGAGUCUGCUGGAGGAAACGCAGACAUUGGGGUUUAUUGUGAAGAUCUGAUGGACUCAUGAGACAGAGAAGGACCUGAGCCUCGUCCGUCUGUCUGUAUAAUCCGUUUUCUCCUGGAUGAUCUUCGAAGGAUGAACUGUUUUAUAUUUGAACUUGUAAAGAGAAAAAAGAUCCUAGUGCUGCUUUGAGAUUAUUUAAUGACUGUGUAAGAACCCGGUGUGUGUGAGACUCGAGCCUCAUCUGCAUCACACUUCCUGUGAAAUAUUCAUUCUUAUUUUUUUCUGAAAUUAAACAAAUGCUCACAUUAACAGGGUCUGAUUUGUGAAGUGGCACAUAACCAAAGAUCCCUGACCCUCUUUACACUGUAGGUGUAAUCACUGCUCAUGUAGACACACCACAUCCAGAUAACUGGCAAGUCCAGAAUUAUUAUUCAGUGAAAUAGGAUUAAAAACUUGCCAAAUGACUCGUGUGUAUUUAUAAUGAUUUACUUCAUCAAUAAACACAAAGUUCAUGCUGCAGUUGAGAAAA